AACAGUGUUUUGUAUUCCAAGCAAACAAUGAGACAAAUUUUUUAAGCAGCCUCAGCCUGCAUCAUGUUCCUCGCAUCAUCGCUUCGACAAUUCGUUUUGGAAGAUUCGGAAUUCGUUUUUUGAUUCCGAUCCUUUUUUGUGUUUUCCGAGAUUCAAAUCUCGGAUAGGGAGGCAAUUGGAUUGGUGUCGGUGGAGCUGUGGAUCUGACGACAGAACACGGCAUUGCCCCAAGUAAAUCUGGAAAUGCAUCUUUAGGAAGCUAAUAAGCAGUAAAUCAGAUUCAAUUUUGUCAAGAGUCUGACAGUUUUGGUUCGAACCGAUGAAAAAGGGGACGAUAGAAUGCAGUGUCUGCCAUUCGAAGUUGGUUUCCCCAACGACCAGAAGUGUAUCAAGGGCUUAUGAUCGGCAUAAGAGUAGGGUAUCAUCAAAGCAACGUGCCCUUAACUUCCUCUUGGUUGUUGGGGAUUGUAUUCUAGUUGGUUUACAGCCUAUUUUGGUGUAUAUGUCCAAGGUGGAUGGCCACUUCAUGUUUAGCCCUGUUAGUGUUAACUUUCUAACAGAGUGUGCAAAGGUCGUAUUUGCAGUUGUUAUGCUCUUGUUCCAGGCUAGGCAUCAGAAAGUUGGUGAAAAGCCCCUUCUCUCGUUGUCCACAUUUAUGCAGGCAGCCCGCAACAAUGCUCUUCUUGCUGUGCCAGCACUUCUGUAUGCCAUCAAUAACUAUCUGAAGUUCAUCAUGCAGCUAUAUUUCAAUCCUGCAACUGUGAAGAUGCUGAGCAAUUUGAAGGUUUUAGUAAUUGCUGUUUUAUUGAAGAUGAUAAUGAGGCGCCGUUUUUCUGUAAUACAGUGGGAAGCUCUUGCUCUGUUGCUGAUUGGGAUUAGUGUAAAUCAGCUACGUUCUUUACCUGAAGGUGCUACUUCAUUGGGCCUUCCAAUUACAACGAUUGCCUAUAUCUACACAUUGGUCUUUGUAACUGUUCCAUCUUUGGCCUCCGUCUACAAUGAGUAUGCUUUGAAGAGCCAAUAUGACACAAGCAUCUACCUUCAGAACUUGUUCUUGUAUGGAUAUGGUGCUAUAUUCAAUUUUCUAGCAAUUCUGGGAACAGCUAUCAUUAAAGGUCCAAGUAGCUUUGACAUCCUGCAAGGACAUUCCAAAGCUACCAUGCUUCUUAUUUGUAAUAAUGCAGCCCAAGGGAUUUUAUCCUCUUUUUUCUUCAAAUAUGCAGAUACAAUUUUGAAGAAGUACUCUUCAACAGUUGCUACAAUCUUUACUGGAAUAGCAUCUGCUCUUUUGUUUGGUCAUACUUUGACCAUGAACUUCAUAUUAGGAAUUUCCAUUGUUUUCAUCUCAAUGCACCAGUUCUUUUCACCCCUUUCAAAAGUAAAAGAUGAACAACACAAUGGGAAGUUGGAAAUGGUAGAUCUUCUGGACAACCACAGGUAACGCCUUUUCUUUUCUCUUAUUUUGAUUUUGUUGCAUGAAUGGUUGCAACUUCUUAUAUUUCCCUUGCAUUUCCUCCCUGAUUUAAGCCUUAUUAUUCCUAGGAUAUGCUUCAAUCAAAC